GGUUGUACUGGUCACACUGUCACUAUUUUCUAACGAAGAACUUGCUGCUGUUGCGCAACUUGACAACUCGAAUAAAAUGGUGACGAUUUUGUAAAAAUAGUGUCUUCCCAUCAAGUUAUAUUUCAAAACAGUUGAAGAAUGUGUGAUGAUAUUGAGUUUGCUUUGAAAGUUAACGGUGUUUCAGUUAUUCUGGAAAAUGUGUUGUGAAAAUCAGCUGGUGGCCAUUUUGUUUAUAACUAGGAACAUAAACAUGGAAACGGACUUUUACUACAGAAAUUAGCUUUUUCUUCUGUUCUUUAAGUGUUUGAGAAAAUGGUCAACUCUACCUGAAACUCUUUGAAAUGGCAGGAAAUGAUGCUACAAGUUCAGAAUUGUUUCCUGGAUGGUCUUCUGUUGUCCACCAACCAGCUGAUGAACUUGAGGAAUCUGAUUUGCCCAGUACUGUAGAUAUUACAGCAUUCAGCACUGGCUUGAAUGUGGAAAUUGGAGCUACCAAACAUGAUGAUGGAAACAGUGAUUCAGAAAGUGAUUCUGAAGCAGAUUCUAGUAACUCUGGUACUGAUGCAUCUCAGUCAGGUAGUCAGUCUGAUUCUUCAGACAGUGACAGUUCUACGUCAAGUCAGGAGUCAUCAUCACAUAGUGGACGAAGUAGUCCGAGUCCCGAGUUUUCCGUUACUAGCUCUCAGACAGAUGGCCUGCGACUAACAAUUGCAACUGUUCGGAAACAAAGUCCAUCUGGAGAAAAAAAUAUGAAUAAACCAGUUGAACAGGUUAAAAAUGCUAGCAAGUCUCCAACUUCCAGUUCAGACAGUGGUCCUUCAAGUGAUUCUGAGAGUGAAUCAGAAAAGAAUAAAUCUGGGUCAAAAAAUGACAAAAAAUCCGAGCCCGUUAAAAACGAUGUUAUAUCUAGUAAAGUCGAAACUUCCCCAAACAAGAUCAGUGUGAAAAAUACAAAAGAUGUCAGGCAAACCAUUAUGAAGACAAGAAGAAAAGUUGUGGAGAAAAAAGAUGAGAAGGUUGUGAAGAAUCUGAAGAAAGAGAUUCAGUCACAAGGGGCUACUAAAAGCGGGAAUGGAAAGGUUAGGCAGAGGCGUAGGACCAGAAAGAUGGCGUCACUACCACUUUCGCGUGGCUCCACCUACUCCAGUUCUGACUCGGAUGACUCCGAUACCGAUGGCAUGCUGGCUUCAUGCAGUUUACAGGAAAUCCGAGAAGAAGAUUUGGCCGCCAUUCUACCCGACCAACAAGAAAUCGACGCCUUCGACUUCGAAUGCAACCGUAACGACAAGAAUUCACCGGCCACGGGGGAUAUGUCUGGAUCGGACAUGGAGCUGCCACAACAGGCGGUUAAUGCUUUGAUUCAAAGGACUACGGAAAGUUCCAGCGAAGGCGAGAUACAUGCCCCUCCGAAUCCGAGUAGUUUGUAUGCCAACAGCCUGCUGCAGCAAUUCGUAGCUCAAACACAAAUGUUGAAUGCUCCGUGCUCUAUGCCAGGAGUGAGUGAUCCCUUGAAAGGUCUUCUACCUACUAACAACUUAGAACCCCAGAAUACGAAAGUAGAAGUAGAAAAUGUCAAAAGAAAACGAGGUAGACCUAAAAAAAAUGACAAGGAUAGUAAACCUAUAGAGAAAGCUCCAGAAUACUGUACUAAUCCAAAUGUUUCUCCCGAUUCUGGUAUACAGAACAGUCCCGAUCAUGUGUCGAGUCCUGAACCUACUCUUUCUCCUAGCAUCAAGCAGAAAGUAGUUCCGUCCAAACAACAGGCACACAAAAAACUGGAUAAGCUUCCACCAAAAACUGUAAAAAAUGAGAAGCCUUCUCUUAAAGUUGCUAAUAAUAUGAAAACGAUACCAGUGAAAUCAAAGGACACCAAUAAAAACUCUAUCACAGCCAAUCGGUUUGAUAGAGUCUUAUAUGCGAAUUCUGACCGAGUUUUAUAUCCCCCAAGACGCAAAGUUGGAAGACCACCAGUGACCAGGAAGGGUCCUGGAAGGCCUCCAAAAUGCAAACCAAUAGUAAGUGAGUCUCAGGUAGUCAAGAAUCUCGAAAAGGAACAGAAAACAGUGAAUCGUAGACUCAAAAAUAGACCAGUACUUAGCGUUAAGAAUAAGGUAGAUGUAAGGAGCAAAUAUCAAACACUAAAGGUUCCUAAAAUAAUGCAUGAUAAACACAAACACAAAAAACAUAAAAAGUAUAAGUUCAAAGUUCUUAAGCCUAUAACAGCCAGUGACCCUAAAAUAAACAUUGAAAUUGAUAAACUGAUUGCUGAUUUCAUCAAGUGUUGUGCAAUAGCCACAAAACAACCAAAAGAAAAUGUACCGGAACAGAUUUUGAAAACGAUAAAGAAAGUUACAAAAAAACGGAAAACAACAGAGUACGAAAAAAAGAAAAAGAAGCAAAGUGUUAGCGUUACUGAUAAUAAAGUUAAUAAAUCAAAUGAGCAACGUUUACCCUUGAAAAAGAGGCACUAUCAUUUAGUUAGUAAUAGUGAGAACAAAACAGAAAUUGAUGAAAUCAAAAAGGAACCCGAGGAAGAAGUAAAACUAGAAAAACCUAAAAUUAAGCAAGCUUUAAGUGUUGUUAAGGUGGAAAAACCCAAAGUAGGAAGCACCACGCCUAAAUCAGAAACCCAAAAGUCACCAGUGGCUUCAAGGUAUGUUCCGGUUAUCAAAUCCAAUGUUACCUCUCCUAAAGUUCAGAACAAUAACAAUGAAUAUGAAGUGAAAGAUGGUGCCAAGUCAGUUGGGAGCCACAUUGAUGAAGCUAUUGAAGCUUGUAUCAACCGCUUCUCUGACAAAAAAGUGGUAUCAACACCAGAAGUCGUUAAGACUCCAGAAGAAAAAGUUAAUGCCAGUAAACUUUCUAUCACUGCAACCACUCCCAAAAAACGUCAUAGAUUGGAAAUGACCAUUUCUGCGGAAAAACUUCAACCUGAUGUCAAGUCCGAAUCGAGCUCUGUACAAGAAGAAAAAGUAUCAGAAAAAUUGACUCCCAAGAUCACCAUAGAAUCUUUCAUAACGGAGCUGAAAGUUAAAAGGAAUCUAAUUCCCAAGACGCCAAUGGUGGAGGAACAGAAGCCAGCAGAAAAAGUUGAAGAAAAAGUUAAGGAAAAUACUGAGAAUGAGCAAAAAAUCAAACUGUCACCAGAAUCUGCAAAGAAAAAAGUAAGGAAAAGAAGAGCAAUAAAUAGAACUGGUUUUCCUACAGUCAAAAAGAAAAAAAAGAAACUUCCCACUCCUGAAACUUCAACUCCAUUACCAAUCGAAUCCAACCCAGUGAGCAUUUGUGAUCGUGUUCCUAAAGAAGGGGAAGAGUACUCCAAGUUUGUACAAAGAACUGAAAAACCAGAAAUAUCAGUUUCCACUCCAGUGACUCCGGAAAAAUCUAAAACUGAAGAUCUUUCUUCUAAAUGGGAGCUCAUGAGUGAAUGCGAAAGUCUGCCUCAGGACGAGAGGACAGAAUUCGAGGACGAUAUUAAACCUGACAGGAUGACUCUGCGUCAAAGAGACUUGUCUCCCACAACCUCCAGCGAAACCCGAACUAGCGAACGUAAUAAACUGAAAAUGGAAGACGCAGAUACGGAUUUAGAGGUGUCGUUGGAAUCCAGCAUCGAACGACUUAGGUCGAGGUUGGAAGAUCGAAAGAAGCGGAAAAAGAGCAUGGAGAAACUCGUUGAAAGAACUAGUGGGUAUCCGAAAAGGAAGUUGAGGGAUGUUUCUCCGGCAAGCAGUAUAGAACCUCUGACAGAAAGAAGACUGAAAGAAGAACAAGCUUCCGCAUCAGGAGAUGAAAAGAGGGGGAGAAGGGCACCGAAGUGGAGGAAGAAAAAGUAUUUGGUAGCUGGGCUGUUUUCAGACUACUAUAAGGAAGAUGAUGAGGCAAUACGACAAAAACGGGCGGAGAAUGCUCAAAAACCCUCUCGAAUAGUUUACAAUCCUGCUGAACAUCCGUAUGGAUUACUUCCACCCCCUCAUCAUUGCGGAAAGUACUUGCGAAGCAGAAGGGUUCCAUUUCAACUCCCUUAUGAUAUUUGGUGGCAGCACACUCAUUCCCAACUUCCUGGAAGAGACAUCGUUCCAUCUUGGAAUUACAGAAAGAUUCGUACCAACGUUUACAAUGUCAAAACGACGACAGGAGCGUGCGAACCUCAAUCUUGUAAUUGUAAACCAUCUAGUAAUUGCGGAGAUGAUUGUAUCAACAGGUUGGUUUUGUCCGAGUGUCCAGCAAGCCAUCGGUGUCAAAAUCAGAGGAUACAAAGACAUGAAUGGGCUCCUGGUAUUGAGAAAUUCAUGACAGAAGUGAAAGGAUGGGGUGUCCGAACGAAGCAACCAAUUAAAAGCGGUGAAUUCAUCUUGGAGUAUGUAGGAGAAGUAGUAACAGAUCAAGAGUUCAAAGAGCGAAUGGGAACCAUCUACACCCAAGACACUCAUCACUACUGUUUGCAUUUAGAUGGUGGUUUGUUGAUUGACGGACACCGCAUGGGAGGUGAUGGGCGCUUUGUUAAUCAUUCCUGUGCACCAAAUUGCGAAAUGCAGAAGUGGUCUGUCAACGGGCAAUUUCGGAUGGCUCUUUUUGCUUUGAGGAACAUAGAAGCUGGAGAGGAGCUGACAUAUGACUACAACUUUUCCCUUUUCAAUCCGGCCGAUGGACAAGAAUGCAAGUGCGGUAGUGAGCUGUGUCGUGGUGUGAUUGGCGGAAAAUCUCAGAGGGUGCGACAACUUCCUGAACCAAACGUCAGUAAGAAUCCUGGAAGGGUUGGAAGGCCUAGAAAAACGGAGGCCAAAAAGAAGGCGAGCAGUAGUAAAGAUGUUGAGAAAGUUCCUGUUGUAACCCCAGUUCUGCCAACCAUUCAGGUGAAGCCCAUGAGCCAUCAGCAGAAGUGUUUUAUUUUAGAACAUCACUGUUUCCUCUUGAGAAAUCUAUCGAAGGUCAGAAAAGUACGGGACAGAUCUUUGAGUAUGGCCUCAGCAGGAUCAAGACAACAAACUGCUACUCCAACUGAUACCAGUGCUUUCAUGAAUCAUUUGAAUGCUUUGCAAAAGCCGAGAAGUAUGAAAACCCGAGGAUUGGCGCAGGUUGAAGAUGAUCCUGAAUUGAACAAAACCGUCAAGUUGGCAGCGUUACUGAAAAAAAUUUGGACAACUGUAAUCAAUGCCAAAGAUGAAAAAGGUGAAUCUCUGAGUGCCCACUUUAUGACGAUACCUUCUAAAAGAAAAGUACCAGAAUUCUACACUCGUCUCACGAACCCAAUAGAUUUAUCAACCAUAGAGCAGAACAUAGCGACAGGCAUUUAUAAAACUCCGGAAAGUUUUGACGAAGAUUUCAACAAAUUGUUUAGGGAUUAUAUUCGCUUUUAUGGGCGAACCAGUGAAAUGGGUAUCGGUGCCGCAAAACUCAAAAAGAUAUACGUAGACUCCAAGAAGCAAAGCCUCAAUAAAUUCGAAGAUGCUUUAGGAGCAAAGCCCCCUCCAAAUUUUGUGUCCAACAGGAAGAAGAGUGAGGAGGAAGAUAUCAUUCGAUGUAUAUGUGGUAUUCCAAGGGAUGAAGGUUUGAUGAUACAGUGCGAACGUUGCUUGGUUUGGCAGCAUUGCGAAUGUGUGAAAGCUGAUGCAUCUGCGCCUAGUUACCACUGUGAGAAAUGUGUUCCCAGAGAGGUAGAUUAUGAAAUUCCAUUAGAUGAGUUCACUGAGCAUGGUCACAGAUAUUAUAUGACACUUAUGAGAGGGGAUCUCCAACUUAGGCAAGGCGAUACGGUAUAUGUUCUAAGAGACAUUCCGAUACCUGGCACCGAUAAAAAACAUACUUACGAUACAAUAGAGAAGAUUGAAUACUCGGAGUUGGAUAUUUUCAGGAUCGAAAGGUUGUGGAAGGAAGAGAAAACUGGAAAAAGGCUGGCAUAUGGACAUCACUAUUUAAGGCCUCAUGAAACUUUUCAUGAACCUACUAGAAAAUUCUUCCCAAAUGAAGUCAUGAGAGUUCCCUUAUAUGAAGCAGUGCCUGUCGAACUAGUCAUCUCCCACUGUUGGGUGAUGGACGUCAAUACGUACUGCAAAGGCAGACCCAUCGGUGCGCCUAAGGAGCACAUUUAUAUUUGCGAAUACAGAGUGGACAAAGGAGCGAAAAUGUUCACCAAAGUACCCAAGAGUAAAUUCCCAAUUUGCACCAAGACCUUCGCAUUUGAAAGAUUCGAAUCUAGAUUGAAAUUGUCUAGGACUUAUUGUCCACAUGACGUGGAUGCUGCCUUGAUGAAAUCUGUGGGGAGGAAGCAAAAGAACAAUGAAGAUGCUCAGGUCGAUGCUGGGGUUGGUAGUACUUCAAGAGAAGUUGUUACAACAGUGCCUGUCUUGCCACCUGUGGUAAGGACGCCUGCAGAGCAGAAAGCAAGACUCAAUAGAAUAUUACUGAAUCUCUUGAGUAAGAUGCCAACUAAGCAAGUUAUAGAUGUGUCUUACCUGUUAGAGGGUGGACGUAGAAGAAAAAAACCAGUUGAUAAUGUUAAUAAAUAAUGAUAUAUGUCUCAUUGUUUAAUGAAUUGGGUGAUAUUUUCAGAUAUUCUUUAUUAUUGUGUUUUGCGAGAAGCUAAUAUCUACAUUGAAUGAUGUUAUUGAGUAAUUUUUUAAGAUUUAUUGAAUAUUUGACAGGGUGUUUUAUCAGCAAUGAAGUGGUGUGUAAUUGACUUCUUUAGUUUUAUUGAUCUGGUUUUUAUUGGCGCACCCUGUAUAUUGUUCUGUUUUUCUCACUUGGUAAUUUUAAUAGCUAGUCAUAGUAUUGUUAAUAUUAACUUUUCUAUUAUUUAUUUGUACAGAAAAAUUGUUGCUUUUAUUUUAGCGUUGAACUUUCUGGGCUCGGUGAAAAUUGUGUCUUAUAUUUAGGACGUGAUUGGGUACAAAUUUUAUCUCGCGCUUAUUAUAUUAUAGAUUAUUACUCUACAAUUUCAUAAUCUCUAUUCUUUAUAUAUUUCUGACACAAGGUAUUAUGUAAUUAUUGAUUAUAUUUUAUUUGUAUAUAAUUUUUUGUAACAUUUUAUUUAUGUUCUAAUUUAUUCGGUGAAUCUGUUUAGAUGUAGUUAUUCUUGCCUGAAUAGAAUGAAAUUUUGACACUAUAUGUUAAUAUCACAGUAGGAUAUACUUUUUAUUAUCAAUAAAGUUGUUAUAUUUUCA